UGACGAGGAAGGCCGUAUCCUGCGACGUACAAUGGUCCGAUACAUUAACCUGGCUGGCAUCCUCCUCUACCGCGUGGGAAGUAAACGAGUUAAGAAACGUUUUCCGACAUUAUCUCAUCUUGUAGAAGCAGGUCUUAUGACUGAAGAAGAGAAAGUUGUGUUUAAGAAACUGCAAUCAAACCACCCUCGCUACUGGCUUCCGUGUGUUUGGUUUAUUACUUUAGCGAGGAAAGCUAGGAAAGAAGGCCGUAUUAUAAGCGACCCAGCAAUGAAAACAAUAGUAGACGAAGUAAAUGCAUUCCACGACAAGUGCGACGAGUUGUACGGGUUUGAUUGGAUAAUGGUUCCUCUAGUGUAUACACAAGUGGUUACUAUAGCAACCUAUAGCUACUUUGCCGCAUGCUUAUUUGGUAGACAGUACUUGGAUCCAGAAAGUGGCUACCCUGGUCAUGAAAUUGAUCUAAAAUUUCCGGGGUUCACCCUUCUUGAAUUUAUAUUCUAUGUAGGAUGGUUAAAGGUUGCAGAAAACCUUAUGAAUCCAUUUGGUGAGGAUGAUGAUGAUUUUGACAUGAAUUGGAUCAUAGACAGAAAUAUUCAGGUUGGAUAUUUAGCUGUAGAUGAUUUUUAUGAAUGUGAUCUACCAUUAGUAAAAGAUCUUCAUUUUAGCGUGCAAAAUCCUAUACUACCAUACACGCGAGCCGCCAAUUCAAAAAAAGGAAAACCGUGGCAGGGUUCAGCAGAUAGAGUUAGAAUUGCACGGAAAGAUAUGAUAUUUACAAAUAUGCCAGCUAAAUUGUUCUCCGAAGAUGACGAAGUUUUUCAUUGUGAAGUUAGUCAACAGUCAUCAACUCCUCUUUCUUCUUCUGGUGGUAAACUCAAAAACGUUGAUAGAGAAGGAAAAGAAAAAGAAAAAGAAAGAGAUAAAGAAGGAAAAGAAAGAGAUAAAGAAGGAAAAGAAAAAGAAAGAGAUAAAGAAAAACAGAAAGAAAAACCAAAAGAAAAACAAAAACUGGAGAGCAACAAUUCGAAUGAAAACAAAGUUAGUUUGCAAUUAAAACACUCUAGCAAGUUAUGUACACCGUCGUCUAAAAAUAGGAGCAAACCACAUAGUGUUAGAAGAUUACAUGGGUCUACACGAUCAAAUCCCAGCGAACGUCAUAGAUGCUUAGAUUCUCGUGACCAAGAACGAUUCCGUCGAUAUAAUUCUGCAGACAUACUGCAGGGAUUUCCAACACCACCAAUCGAUAGUGAAGAUGAUGAUGUCUACCCCAAGCCGACCGCCUGGGAAACGGACAAAGGGAACGUAUGAUGUUAGAGAUGUACGUACAACGCGCGCGCGUUCUUCGUAGUUGACGAGCAGCGGUGUAGCGCCAAAGCUCAACUUGUCAUUCCAAACGAUGAUACCAAACCAUUCUUUGGUUAUUGCUAUCACGUGAUGUAGUGAAGUGAUUUUAGUUUUCCAAAUUUCAUUUCAAUUUAUUUAACAGCGGUUCAGUUUUCUUAGACCUCCACUAGCUGUAGCUCAGUCCACUUAUUUACCACAAAAAACUCCAGACGAUAAUGAUACGCCAAGCUGACGUGUUUGAAGUUAAAAUGGUGACCGAAUUAACUGUAAUGCCAUCAGAUAGUAAAUAUUACAAAAUGACAGUGAACAGAGAUAAAAACCUGAAAAUAGCAGCAAUAAGUGUACCCGUAGUAAUAAGAAGGAAAUUGUCUUUAAAUCCCAACUGAGUGUGUGAGUGCAAAAAACCCCUUUAAGACUCAACGAUCAUGUGAUAGCAAUGUGACGUCAUAUUGAAUUUAAUGAGCUAUUGACCAGGCAACUGAAUAUUAUGUUUAACCCAUAGGUUUCUUCCCUUCACAUUAUUAUCUAAUCUAAAUCUAGUUGAAUCUGACGAGCAAGCCGAUUAGACUCUAAAAUACUGAUAGCCGACAGUUUAAUUUAGGCCUAGCUGACGAAUUCAGUAAAUAUGCAAUAUUUAAAAACAAUUGUAAUUACACGUCUCCCUCCAAUUAAAGACCACUUUUGGGAUCGGGAUUUCCAUGGUCUUUAGCAGCUGUGGUCUCUAAUUAAAAUAAUAAAGAUAUUUGUUAUUUUUGGGACCACAGAAAAAUUCCCUUUAUAAUAGAGGGAGGACUACGGGGAAAACUGAAAAGCAUAACAUUUGACCUAGGUC